UGUAGAGACGCAAAUGUUAGGGAAGUGAUUAUCGAGAGGGUAACACAGCUCGACACAACACCUAUAGCUUGACGCUUGAAGGUAGCUCGUAGCUCCGGGUGAAUCAGCGGUAAACCGAACUAAAAGGGCCCGUUAGGACGCGAAGUUUGGGGUUUUGUUUCGGGGGAGCGACUUUUCCCGGUGUUACCUCAACAAGCAGGAGCGCCAUGACGGUCCGCUUCAAGAGUCAGAGUGAAUACCAGAAGAGCUACGGUGUCCCUCGCUCCAGGAGUGUGUCGCCUCAGCGCUGCCGCCCGCUGGCUGGACUUCGCCCUGAUCAGAACCGGAUCAGCAGACCUCCAGGUCUCCAACGACUGAAGAGACCCGGUCCACCCGAGUCCGGUAACUUCCUGCCUGGUUCUCCAGCAGAUCCAGUUUGCAGAGCAACGCCCUCUACUGGCAGGAAAGAUUCUCCAGUUUCUAAACCACCAAAUGUUUCUGGAUCGGAACCAGAACCUGGAUUCAGACCAGCAGCUGAUGGAAAAUCCGUGAAGCUCCGCCCCUCUGAGCCCGGCGGGCCUGCAGAACCCGAGCAGCAGCCGGGAAACCAGGUCGACAAGGCGUGGGGUCAGAGGUCAGAGUACCACAGGCAGUUCGGCUGGAAGAAGCCCGUAUCUGCAGCGUCGCCAUUACUGACAGCAGAGCAGGUGUUGCACUCCACCAGCAGGUCCAUCCCACCCUUUAAGAACAUCCCCGUUCCCAUGGAAACGGAGUACCGCCGGAGCUUCCAGGGUCUGGUUCCGCCAUCCGGUCCGCGCCUUCGGAGAAAUCUGGGACAUCCGGUGUUUCACACAUACAGAGUAGGUAACACA